AUGUCGUCAUACGGCUACGCACCGCCCCCGCCUCCUCCCGCCCCGAGUUCGGGACCUAGCUACGGGCAGAAUCCCAAUUCUUCAUACAGCCGUGGAGGAGGAAGUAAUGGGCGUGGUCGAGGUGGCCACUAUUCUAACGCGCGCUCCGACUACAAGUCCCAGCAGCAGCCUCACUAUGAACACUCCAGCCAACACUACCCCCAACAACCCCCCGCCUACAGCAGCUACCCUCCCACGCAGCAAUGGUCUCCAGAGCACGGCCAUCCACCUACCCAACAUGCACAUGCACACGCCCACCCCCAAGCCCCGAUUGCAUCUUCAACUUACCAUCCCAGCUACCCUGCCCAGCCCUACACCGCUCCUCAGUAUCCUCAGCAGCCUCCCUACGGCCAGCCUCAGCCUUAUACUCAAGCAUACCCUCCGGCUUCGGUCGGCUCUGCACCCCCGCCGCAUUGGAGUGGCCAAGGGCAUGUCCCUCCUGCGCCAUACGGGGAUAGCAGACCUCGAGGAGGAUAUCAAGGUCGUGGAGGGUCAAAGCAGCCCCCGGCUGUCCGUUAUGAACAUGAACCUCCCGCUGUUCCAGUGAACGGUUAUGCGCAGCCAUACCCUCCUCCCUCUCAGUACUACUACUCUGGUCUUCCACCACCUCCUACACAAUCUUCGCACCGAGACGGACGUCACGGCCAUAACAAUAGCCAUGGGCGUCGUGGCGGUCAAGGUAAUCGAGGCCGAGGCCGAGGAGGACACGGCUCUGGGGACCGAGGGCGCAGCCACCAUAAAUCCAACAACGAUCAUGGGGCUCAUCAUGGCCAGCAAAAGGGCUCGCAGCAAAAGCAAAACCCGCAGUCGAAACAGAACCAGGGCCAGCGUGAGCUACCCAUUGUGGGCAGGAAGAAAAAGAGAAAGACCAACACUCUUGGACUGACGCCUGGGAUGGAGUCUGAGUCUGAGGACGACGAAGGAGAAGAGGAAGCCCUCGUCAAACUUCUCGGACAAGAAAAGUUCCAAGUGGACGACAUUGCCGAAUUUAUUGCUGAACGAAAGCGAAAUUACCCCACCAAAGCUCGGAGAGAGGCCAGGAAGGCCGCCGAGGCAGCACAGAAGAAUGAAGAAAAGAGGACAUCACUGGAGAGGCAAGCUGAUAAGUUGAGACGCCAGCUUCGUAAGGUGGAGUCAUCUAUUAAACGAAAGCGAGAACAAGGCGAUGAAGGAGACGAGAUGCGCGACCCGUCAUCUGAUGAGUCGUCGGAUGAUGAGAAGCCAGAGGAGGUCUCCUCCCGGCCCCCGGCUUCCAACUCGGCCCCUGCCCCUGCUGCGCAGCCUGGCAAGAGAGCUGAUGUUACCCGUCACUGCAAGUAUUUCUCAACUGGCGGGACCUGUGGCAAGAAGAGCAAGUGCCGCUUCGUCCAUGACCCUGCUGUUCGCGACGCCGCGAUUAAGGAGCGCGAGGCCAACAACGGGCGCCUGACAAUUCAGCAACGCUUGAUCCUAAACGACAAGGAACAGGAAGACCUGACCAUCCUUGCAUCCAUCCAGUACCUUCGUGAGAAGGGCGUCACGACAAAGGCCGCCGAGGAGGAAAGCCAAAGGAAGACCGUCGCGCCAGUGCUCGUACCUGGUUCUUCCAAAAGCCUCCUACCUGCCGCGCCUCCCUCCUUGCCCGCUCCGCCCAUUAAGAGAGAGCCGGUCGGGCGGAUGCCCAAGGGCUAA